AUGGCGCUGGAGGAAUUCAUAAUAGACUUGUGCGAGGAGUCGGUGAACGGGGCGCUGCUGACCUUCUGGCUCUUCCAAACGUACUUGCACGACCUCGCCGCGGACCCCAGCUCGCACUCCUUCAAGACAUGCCGGAGGAUAUACAACAAGGUCCAGCGCAUUGUUUUCGGUUCCGCCGAGCCGCAGCGGCGAGAGAAGAUCAAGGAGAACAUCCUCCCCGUCACUGUUCUGUCCAGCUUAAUCCUUGCCAGCGUAGCAGCGCCUUUUCUCCCUGCGCAUGCGGGGCCGCUCGCCAUUGCGCAAGCUCGUAAGCCGCGACCAGUCGAGGACAUGAUAUCAGACAAUGUGCAGACUGCGAAAAUGGGCAGGAGCAACACGGUUGCGGGAGCUUCUCCAAGGCUGAGGCGGACCAGACCGUCUCAAGGACAUUCAGACCCAGAGGACGGGAGGUCGUCAAAAACCCCGGCACCACGGCCGAAAGAGGCACAGGAUGCGAAAGAGUUGAGACGAAAAACAGCUCGACCUGCGCAUGCGGACCGGGCCCCUUCAGCACAGCACCGUCCCAGCCUCCUUUCCGUGAGAGCCGAAGCCCGGCUCAGCUCAUCUUCGCUGCCAGAUUUUAGAAACCCCGCAAGCUCACCGCUCCCGACUCCGCCCGCCACCGCCGGCUUAGGCCCUACACCCGAUCAUCAUUUGCCUCGCAAGCACCAUUCUCACGCCCUGAGGCCUCUGACACCAACGGCAUUGUCGCGUCCACAGAGAAGGCGGCUGUUACGGUCCAAUUACUUUCGCAAUGAGACACAAUUUCUAAGCGCGCUAGAGGACAUCUCGAACCGCUUGGUAAUUGUGCCGAAGCCGGCCCGUCUGAGUGCUUUGAGGGCAGAACUUGCUCUGAUUGCGCAGGACUUACCAGCCGAGGUCGACAUACCCGUCAUCUCACCCGCGACACUAAAGAAUGGGAUCGCGUCCCAAAGCCAGCAUCAUCGCAUAGUCCGCAUUAAUCCGGCCGAAGCUACUAGCCUCAACAGCGCAGAAAGGGUACCAUACCUUUUGAUGGUAGAAGUGCUGAAGGAGGAUUUCAACUUUGAUCCCGAUUCAGAGCAAAACCAGCAGCUUCUCGAAAGGCUGUUGCUUGAAAAAGGAAUCUCCAAACGACGUCUCUUUGACAUAACCAACGCCGAACGCCUCACCCACGACAAAACUCCCCCCAAUGGAUCCGAUAGUGUCUUUGAGCCUGCCAAUGGCGACCUCGGCAGCACCUCCCUCAUCAAAGGCCUAGACGAGGAGGAUAUCACGUCCGGUUUGGCCCGUGUGUCAUUACCGAGCACUGCCAAUGGGAAGGUUAUAGCUCCAAGAUCAUCCAGCGGUGCCAAUACCCUGUCUUCGAUUGCAACUCUAUCGACCCCUCGGACAUCAGACAUGGAGCUUAGCAGAUCCAGCAGCCCAGCUCCUCGCAAGAUGACCAUACCCACAAGUCGUGGGACCCAAAGCGCCGACCAGCCAGACUUCUCUGCACUCGCAACUCACAUGCGCACCGCGGCGCAAAUGCUGGCCCAGCUCGAGGCGAGUGGUUCCAAGCGCCCAAAGUCCGAAGUUGCUGCCAUCAAGGCCAAAAUUAUCGCAAGCAUGCAGAGCUUGGAAGAGCAAAGUUUCCUUUCUGAGGAUGCGGGACCUACGUUUGACACGAUCAUGGCUGACGCAGAUCCCACCGCCAUUACUGCCGAACCUGAAGAGCUCGAGGGUAUGCCAGUCGUCACCAACUCAGGAGCAGGUGCCGCUCGCAUGGAGAAUGACCUAAAGACCGGAGGCGUGCGGAGACAGGGCGAUCGUGACGAUCCGAGCGCUGCGACCUUUGGUGAAGAAUGGAGCGCCAAAAAAGAGCGGAUACGGCGCUCAUCCCCUUAUGGCCACAUGAAGAAUUGGGAUCUGGUCAGCGUCAUUGUCAAGACUGGGGCAGACCUACGGCAGGAAGCGUUCGCUUGUCAGCUCAUCCAAGUGUGCACGAAGAUCUGGGAAGAGGCGGAUGUCCCUGUAUGGACGAAACGAAUGCGAAUCCUUGUCACCGGCGAAUCAUCCGGCCUCAUCGAGACAAUCACAAACGGCGUAUCAUUGCACUCCCUCAAGCGAAGUCUGACACUCGCCAGCAUAGCCGCCGGCAUGAAUCCCCGCAAACGAAUAGCGACUUUGAAAGACCACUUCGUCAAAACCUUCGGCGAUCCCGACUCUGACAGCUACAAAGCGGGCGUCGACGCCUUCACGCGCUCUCUCGCAGCAUAUAGCAUAAUCUGCUACGUCCUGCAGCUCAAAGACCGCCACAAUGGCAACCUCCUCAUCGACAGCAUGGGCCACAUCAUCCACAUCGACUUCGGCUUCAUGCUAUCCAACUCGCCCGGCAGCAUGGGCUUCGAAGCGGCGCCCUUCAAAUUGACCCAGGACUACGUCGACGUGCUGGGCGGGCUGACCUCCCCGUCGUUCGAGGAAUUCAAAGUGUUGUGUAAACGCGCGUUCCAGGCGUUGAGAAGGGAGGCGGAGCGCUUGAUCAUGCUCGUCGAUUUAAUGGGGAAGAGUAGCAAGAUGCCGUGUUUUGCUGCGGGGGCGGCGGGCGUGACGAAUAGUUUGCGGGCGAGGAUGAUGCUCCAUCUGAGCAGGGAGGAGGCGGAGGUUUUUGUCGACGAGUUGAUUGCGAAGAGUGUGGGCAGUUAUUAUACGCGGCUUUAUGAUACCUUCCAGUACCGCACCCAGGGCAUAUACUGA